CUUUCCUCAUAACCAUUCAUUAGCAGGGGGGGCAAAACGAAACCUAAAGAUUUCGAAUUGGAAGGGAAAAAGGUACAGAGCAAUAGCAAUGAAAGGAUCGGAGCUAUCAUCGCCACCAACUAUAACCAUCAAAACCAACAAUAACUAUGUCGGUAAGCCACAAAAACCUUAUUUCAGGCCUGCCCAAGAUGACACUAAACCUCCACUUCAAGACCCAAUCCUGAGAUCGGAUCCCAUUGAGACGGAAGAAGCAGUGCUGCGAUUGCCUCCUUUUCCUGUUGUAAAAUUGAACCACUAAUCUUAUUGAGGUUUAUUGGAUUCUCUGUAACUAUUUUUCCCCUUUUAUUCUCAUAUUUUCUUUUCUUUUGUUUUUUCUUUUUACUACUCUGUUGAAACCGAUUAGAGUUUGUUUAUUGAGUUAAAUUAAUAAAUUUGAAUAAAGAAUUGAAAGCUUAGUUCAUA